AGCUGAAAGAAGCCCUGAGUAGCUUGUCUCAUUCCCAGUGUGCAGCUCAGCAAGGGGUCCGUCCUCUCUGUCACUGUCUCUUUUGCCUGUUGUAAUUCCGUCUGCCUCUCUCUGACUCUGCCUGUCUCACUUUCUGUUUGUGCUCUCCUCACCCUUGUUCCUUCAGCUUGAAUCACAGCCCCUCUGUCUUUCUGCCCUCAUGCAUUUGUCUUUGUUGCGCUUUCUGUCUUUCUGCCUUGACACCAUCCCCUUUCCCAGUGCCUUCCCUCUACUUCUAUAAGGCUUAAUUGCUUAGGCAGGGAAAUAGAGGCUAAGGGCCUCUCUCCUGGCUUCCCUCUUCAUCUUACUGAGCCUGCCAGUCAGGAGGGCUGCGGGUCCUGCAGCCGUGGGUGGCCUACAGCCAAAGGAGGGAGGAGCCCAUCCGGGCGGGAUUGGCCCUAGGUCCACCUCAAAAAGCCUGGGGCAAGGGGCGCGACGCGUUCUGGAUGAACCCUGGAGGGCCUGUUUGGUCCGACAGACCCCACAGGCUCAGCAGGGAUUUGCGGUGUCAUGCCCCGGAGCCCCCGGACCGCGCCGAGCUGGGCGCUGUUGCUGCGGCUGCUGGCACUGCUGCGGCCGCCAGGGAUGAGCGAGGCGUGCAGCUGCGCCCCUGCGCACCCCCAGCAGCACGUCUGCCACUCAGCGCUCGCCAUACGGGCCAAAAUCUCCAGUGAGAAGGUAGUUCCUGCCAGUGCAGACCCCACUGACACUCAAAAAAUGAUCCGGUAUGAAAUCAAACAGAUAAAGAUGUUUAAAGGGUUUGAGAAAGUCAAGGAUGUUCAGUAUAUCUAUACACCUUUUGAUUCCUCUCUCUGUGGUGUAAAACUAGAAGCUAACAGCCAGAAGCAAUAUCUCUUGACUGGUCAGAUCCUCAGUGAUGGAAAAGUCUUCAUCCAUCUGUGUAACUACAUCGAACCUUGGGAGAACCUGUCCUUUUUGCAGAGAGAAAGUCUGAAUCACCACUACCAUCUGAACUGUGGCUGCCAAAUUACCACCUGCUAUACAGUGCCCUGUACCAUCUCCGCCCCCAAUGAGUGCCUCUGGACAGACUGGCUGUUGGAACGGAAGCUCUAUGGGUACCAGGCCCAGCAUUAUAUCUGCAUGAAGCAUGUCGAUGGCACCUGCAGCUGGUACCAGGGCCGCCUGCCCCUCAGGAAGGAGUUUGUUGACAUCAUCCAGCCCUAGUAUGGGCCAAUGACCACCACUUUCCUUCAAGAGUCCUGAAGCCUAAGCCAGUUCUCCUUCCCUGUGGAGCUCUGGCCGUCACCACCUGUCUCAUCACUGCCAGCCAAUGGGAAGUACCAAGUAGAUGAUGUGGCUAGUGUUAGGGCAGGGAUGGAGCUUGUUACAACUUGUAUCCAAACACCAUCCCAGAACCUGUCAAAGGCCAGGAAAAGUCACUUGACUUUUCUAGCCUGCCUUUAGCCCAUCUCCCCUGCUUCCCAAACCCUUUCAGUCUAGCUAAGCCCUGCUACUGAAGUUUUGAUUCUGGCUUAGUUUGUUUUCUAUAGCCAGAACUAUUCACUUUUCUCCCUGGGAGAAUGUGUUUUCUCUUACUGUAACUGAUCUGAUAAGGGAGAAAUGGUGAUUAUUAUACAUAUGAGAUGAUGUGGCCUUGUGAUGUACAAUACCAGAAGGUGGGCUGACAGAAUCAGAAACAAGCUGAUUUGGAGGAGUGAAAAGAACAAUACACUAUGGCUAUAUGUCCUCUACUCAUGUCCCACUCAUCCUAAUCCUCUCAUAUACUUUCAUCUGUUUGGGGGAGAGACUUGAGGGGUGCAGAGUCAUUCAGGGGGAGACCUGCAGUGGCCUAACCUUCCUCCACAUGCUGUAAUUCCCCUCUACGUCAUUCCUGGCAGAGGAUCUGGCCCAGUUAGCAUACCUCUGUGGACAAGAAUAGACUUAGGUAUUACCUCUCCAGGUUAAUUAUCCUUAAUGCCUUCAACUGAUGUGCAUAAAGCUUCUCCUGUUUCUUUUAGAAAGUCCUUCUCUACUCAAUUACUAAUGUUUUCAUUCCUAAUUCAGAAUUUUUUUAAGCCAAAAAAAAAAAAAAAGCCUUUCUCUUGUAGAGAUGAAAUUCCUCUUUAGCUCUUAAUACCUCAGAGAGAUCUUAGGAGGUCCUCUCUUGAGGGAAAAUUUCAGGAUAGAGGACAGGAGAGAAAUAACACAAGGGCCCUUGGGGGAAAAAGAUGGUAGAUGGGGAACAUACUUUGCAACUCUUACAACUGUUUUCAGUGGUCAGCCCUGCUAGGCAUUAUGGCAGGAAAAAGCCAGCUUUGUUCCCUGUCUGCUCCUCAGCUCAGUCCCCUCACCACUGUGUAUUAGAGUCCCUGAGAACUCCAAGGCACAGACGCCUUAGGGUUCCUUAGACUGUGCAAGGCUUCCUGGCUUGCCCUGAAAGGGAAAGCCCUUAUGCUCAUCUCAAGAAUUUAUUAAGGAUGAGGGCUUAAAGUUCCAGAGCCUUGCCCUGGCAAAAAUGAAGGAGGUAGUUCUUUUCAAGGCUCAAGGAUGCUAUUCAUCUUUUAUGUGUGGUUUGGCCCAUGCACAAUAUGCCAGAUAAUUCACAGAAAUGGUUCAAAUGGAGAUCCCUUUUGGAGUAGGGAGUGGGAGGGGAAAUAAACAUGAUCUCUGUCCCAGAGUACAAUACUGGAAUGCUAUGGCAGUAAGUCUUCAUUGGUGGGUUAAGCAGGAUCACCAACAGACCAUGCAACCCUGGGGCAGAGGAUGUGGGGACAGAGAGAAAGAAGGGAGUUAAACUGGAGCUAGAAGUUGUCAUGAAGGACAAACAUUAGCAAUAGCCUCUGUCCCAGCCAACCAAGCCAUCUCUCUGCUCCUUCUGAUAUCCUAGUAUGGCCUCAGAGAAGGCAUAGUGUUAAUCCAGUCUGACUGUAAUCUUGAGGAAGCCAAGGGAAGGGCCUGGUGAAAAAUAAUAGGAACAAUACCUUACAUCUGAGGAGUGCUUCACGCUUUUCCAGAAGGCUAUUACUUAAAGAAUUUCAUUCACAUUUUGUAAGUACUAUAUUAGAUAUCCUGGUCAGGAAUAAUUAUGUGCAUUUAACAUUCCGAGUGGGAAACUGACAUACAGGGAAUCUAACUAGUCCAGUGACCUGUGGCAGGGCCAGAGCUAGAACCCAAAACAGUGGGAUCUUCUGAUUGCUGAUCCAUAGGUUUGUUACUUUCUCAGCUUGAUAAAAUGCCCUUGUUUCUGCUCUUCACUAUUCGGUCUCCAAUAACCCCUUGGAGACAAGGGGUUAUCAGCUAAAAUUCAGCUGCUCUAGCCCCACAAAGCAGGUCCACAGUUCAACCCCAACAGAGUGUCUUUUGAAAAUGCUGAGGCCCUCUUUUGAGCCCCAUAAUCACCAUGAGGCUAAGCUCAGAAUGUAAACAGCAGAGGGACUAGAGUCCCCACUCAAUCACCUACCAUCUCUUUAUGGUUGGGGUAGUAUGUCUGCUCAAUGAGUGGGAACUUUUCUCCUCCCAAUGUCUUGUAGAUGGCGACCAGCUGGGCAAACUGCAAAAGAGAAGCAAAUGUUUCAGCUUAUCUAGACAACUGGAACAGACAAACAUCAAUCUAUAUAACAAACAUUUAUUGAGUAUUUGCUCUGUUGGGGGCUUUGUGCAAAACACUCUGAGGAUAUAAAAGAGGUGCACAAUUCUUAUUUUUAGGGAACAUAUGCAUUAGUUGGGGAAGGGAGAGAGAAUGAAGUAACAUUCAUUACUGAAUGAAUUUUAUAAUUAUACAAUUUUAAUGAUAUUCAGUCCUCAUACCAAAUUGAUGAACUAGGUAUUUUAUCCUCUUCAUUUUACGUAUGAGGCUCAGAGAAAGUAGAAAAGUUGCCUAAAGUCACAGAGCUGCAAAGAGAUGAAGCUGGGAUUGAAAUUUGGGUCUCUAACUCUAAACACUCUAGAGAUGGCAAGUGAUAAAGCUGGAUAGGUAACAUGGGGCCAAGUCUUGAAAGUUCAAAUGCUAGGAAAGGAAUGGUAGCUUUUUUCUGCAGGCAGUAUGGAGUCAUAAGAAUUUAAGCAGCAGGUUAUGAAUAAAGCUGCUCUUUAGGAAGAUUUUGAUGCUCAUGGUAUGCAGGAUAGACAGACCCAGUCUCUCCAGGACUUCCUAUCCAUCUAAGAACUUAACUCACUGGACCCUUUACCUAUGAGAAACCAGAAUAACUCUAUGAAGAAAAGGUGAGAUACACAUACUUACAAUGUGAGGGUUGAAAAGCCUUUGGCAAACAUCUAGCACCUCCUGGAGCACCUUGCUCCCACAGUUUAUAAGGAAGAAACUGAAGCCCAGUGAGGUCACUUGCCCAAAGUCACAUAAUACUUAAGCUGGAUUCAUAACCAAGGUUCCUUUAUUCCUAAUAUAUAACUCUUCCUACUCUUUCACGUAGCUACCUUUUAGACUCUGCAAAGACCAUGCUCUUCCCACAGGAAACACACGGGACUUUUCUGCUCCAUCCAUUCAUACACCCUACCCACACACCUAACCCCAGUGCACUGGCAGUAGGGGUAAUCCAGCAUCUUCCCUCUAGUGCUACUAGGUUAGUUUAUACUCUAAGCCACUGAUACCUGGAACUGCUAGAAGGAAAAGUUGCCAGAUCAAACGUGCCUUCCAUUUAUCAGAGAAAGAAAAGCUAGAACAUCUUCCAAAAGCUCAGGUCCUAUUCUGUAUAAGGGAUGUUGGUGUAUGAGCUAGUGAGGAUGGUGGGGAGGGGGGAGAGGGGAAUGAGGGGAGGAGUAAAAUCUCAGAACAGGGUUUUUAGAAAACUGGAGUCUUCUGGCUCUUGUUCUGCCUUGAACUUGCUGGGUGCCCUUGAACAAAUGAUUUCUCCUUUCCAGGCCUCAUUUUCUUCAUAUAUAAAAUGAAAGGAAUGAAUUUGAUCAGUUCUUCAAACUUUUUACCAUAAAGGAAUAUCAUUUUAUUAUAUUUCCUCCCAAACUCCAUCAUCAAACUGCAGUUUAAGUGAUCAUAUGUUGUGGUCCUUUUGUUGGCAAAGACAGAAUUUUCCUAUUACUUUUGAAAUGCUGGAAAAUGUUGGAAUUUCUGGGUCAUUCCCCUUUGUGACACGGCUAGUGACUCUGGAUCUUGAAGUCCUCCAGGACUGAAACUAUCAGUCAGGGACUCUCAGGCCCCCAAGAUUUUAUUAUUGAAAGACACUUUACAGAGUCUCUGGACCAGACAUCUCAUUUUACACAUGAAGAGACUGAGGCUAGAGAAGCAAAGGAAAGCAUAGGCCCCCAGAUGAUACCUGGAGUUGGGACAGCACCCAGGUAGGUCUCUUCCUGCCCACUGCAUUCUCCACUGUAUACCCUGCUGUCCUUGCCAUUCUUUGGUUUGUCAACUUGCUUUGACUGUCAAGACCAGCCCCUCAGACUUUUCCUGCCUUCUCUGAUUCUCUCCAUCACCCCAUCUGACCUUUAAGUCCUGUCUACCCACCUUGGCCAGGCUGGACUCCUGUUCUGCUUCUGGAUACCUUCCUGAGCUCCCAACGCUCUCCAGCAUCGCCAGCAAAUUGAUGCCAGCUCUGCCUAACAACCUCUGUCCUGCUGCAGCCCACGCAUUGGCAUGGCACCAAGGCAUGUGGGGUUUUAUCUUUCCAGCAUGUGGGAGAGUUACACAGACACCACAGCGAUGCCAGGAAGGCCCACGGCGGAAUCCCAGAGUCCUGGGACAGCAAGACUAAAAUGGCAGCCAGUUCCCAGGCACUAGUUAGAUCCCUGGGAGCUCACCCCACCCUCCUCCACUUUAUCUCUGGCAGUCCCUGUCUGCUCAAGGUACUGGGUUUGGCAUCUAACCCCUGCCUCCUUGGAAACUUAGAUGAAGUCACAAGCACACAGUUACCAAUUAAACAAAUGUAAUAUCUGAUAAGGGUUAUUUCCUCUAUGCAUAGACAAUGGAUUUAGGUGCUGGGGGUGAUGUUGGCAAUGAAUAGGAAGAUAAUGUUCAUUUUACUACUUCUUCAGAGAAUUGGGAAAGAUUUUUUGGAAGAAAUGAGAUUUCAAGAUAAGUCUGCAUUUAGUAAGUUAUCCUUAGCACUUCUGGAAAUAAACGCUUUAAUUCAA